AUCGCCAUCGAGGCCCUCCACUGGGUCGCUGGUUCUCAUCCCGCGGGCGCCGCCUCUGCCGCCGGGCCGCCGGGAACAUGGCGUCUGCCCUGGAGCAGUUCGUCAACAGCGUCCGCCAGCUCUCGGCCCAAGGGCAGAUGACUCAGCUUUGUGAACUGAUCAACAAGAGUGGGGAGCUCCUUGCGAAGAACUUAUCCCAUCUGGACACCGUGCUCGGGGCUCUGGACGUGCAGGAGCACUCCUUGGGAGUCCUUGCUGUUCUGUUUGUGAAGUUUUCUAUGCCCAGCGUUCCUGACUUCGAGACACUGUUCUCACAGGUUCAGCUCUUCAUCAGCACUUGUAACGGGGAGCACAUUCGCUAUGCGACGGACACCUUUGCUGGGCUUUGCCAUCAGCUAACAAAUGCACUUGUGGAAAGAAAACAGCCCCUGCGCGGAAUCGGCGUCCUUAAGCAGGCCAUUGACAAGAUGCAGAUGAACACAAACCAGUUGACCUCCGUCCAUGCUGACCUUUGCCAGCUGUGUUUGCUGGCAAAGUGCUUUAAGCCCGCCCUCCCGUACCUGGACGUGGACAUGGUGGACAUCUGCAAAGAGAAUGGGGCCUACGAGGCCAGGCACUUCCUGUGCUACUAUUACUAUGGCGGGAUGGUCUACACCGGGCUGAAGAACUUCGAGCGAGCACUCUACUUCUACGAGCAGGCCAUCGCCACUCCUGCUAUGGCUGUCAGUCACAUCAUGCUGGAGGCAUAUAAAAAGUAUAUUCUCGUUUCUUUGAUACUGCUUGGCAAAGUGCAACAGCUGCCGAAAUAUACGUCUCAAAUUGUGGGUAGAUUCAUUAAGCCUCUUAGCAACGCGUACCACGAGUUAGCGCAAGUUUAUUCCACCAACAACCCCUCGGAGCUCCGCAACCUGGUAACCAAGCACAGCGAGACCUUCGCUCGCGACAACAACAUGGGGCUGGUGAAGCAGUGCCUGUCCUCGCUGUACAAGAAGAACAUCCAGAGGCUCACCAAGACCUUUUUAACGCUGUCAUUACAAGACAUGGCAAGUCGUGUGCAGUUAUCUGGACCUCAGGAGGCAGAAAAGUACGUCUUGCACAUGAUAGAAGAUGGUGAAAUUUUUGCAAGUAUUAAUCAGAAGGAUGGGAUGGUCAGUUUCCAUGAUAACCCUGAAAAAUAUAAUAACCCUGCCAUGCUUCAUAACAUUGAUCAGGAGAUGCUGAGGUGCAUAGAGCUGGACGAACGGCUGAGGGCCAUGGACCAGGAGAUCACAGUGAACCCUCAGUUCGUGCAGAAGAGCAUGGGGUCGCAGGAAGACGACUCGGGAAACAAGCCAUCAAGUUACUCCUGAAGCCAGGACUCUUCCUGAGUUUCAGAGAAGCCUUCGCCGUGGCCGGGGCAGGUGUCGGGAGGGCGGCAGGGAGGACCAGGCCCCGUCUCACCUAGACGUUAAGACACUGUUUUGUUUUGACGUCUUCGGUCCUGUGUACUUUCAGAAAACCAUCCUCUCUGCAAAGAAAGGAAAACGUUUUCAAACUUUAAAGCCUGUUGUGGAUUUAUUUAUCCUCAGAUUAAUGUGGUUAUUGCAUUAAAUCUACCUUUUUGUUUUAAAUUA